AUGAGCUCGACGAUGUUGGAUGAUGUGGAUAAUAAUAUGAUGGGUAUCAAGUCUAUCAGCCUUUAUGAAUUACUUAGCGAUGUGGUGAAACAGGGCGACAAGACGCGAUUGGUGACGGCGGGUCCCGAGCAAGUUUUGCCUGAUUUAAUCCGGCAUAUCACUGAAACAAUACCGUUUGACCUAUUUAUAAACCUUAAGAAUGAAAUGAACGAUGCGAGAAAUCUCGUUACUAGAUUAAAUUGGCUGGGUAAGUUUCUGAAUGAUAAUUUUUUACAAAAUCAUACAUUUCCAUUCACAAUACUUCGGAUAUGCGAAUUGUGUUAUGAUCCUUUCAAAUAUUACAAGAUCAAUGAAUUGGAGAAGUUUGUAAAUGCGCUAGAAAAAUGUUGCAUGGUAACUAGCAGUUGGCAGGUUUUUGAUAAAACACACGGUGAGAAGCAAGAGGACGAUAAGGAGAAAGAUAUUAACUUCAUCAAGAAUCAAGAAGAUGUCUCACUAAUGAAGAUACCGUGGAUGACCGAAAACAAUACUAGGGAGUUGGCACCCUUUAUUAGAGAAAUCGACUCUAUAAUGAGUGUCAACCUAGGCUACGAUGACGAGGAUGAAGAGGAAGGAUUUUUUGAUGGUGAUGAAGAUAGGGAGAUGGGGAAUAAGAGUAAGCGUAAUGUUUUGCUGAAAGAUGAAAAUUUCAUGGUGGAAGAAUACUAUGAGGAUGAUUGCGGGAUAAACGAUGAUAAUAGCGAUAAUAAAGGACAAAAUUGUCAGAGCGAUGUUACGAAGAAUAAUAGCGAUGAUGAAGAUGACGAUGACAACGACGACGAUUAUCGUGAAGAUGGUGCAGAUGAAGAUGAUGAGGAUGAUGAUCACAUGGGCAGCACAGAUGACGAUGAAGAUGAUGACGAAGAUAGGCAGGCGGGCGAAAGUACCAAGGUGCAAAAUUUUGACAAGAAAAAUGAAACUCCAAGGAAGAGGAAGCCCACAGAUUUAGAUAACUUUGAAUAUGACGAAUCACCAUCAUUCACAAACAUGGAUCUCACGACGCCAAAGAAAUAUAAACAUACCGCAACGGGCAGGUUCUCCAUAAUAGAGUCGCCAUCGUCUUCGCUCCUCAAUGCCAUGGACGGCAGUAAUGAGAUCUCAUCGAGCCAGGAGGAGGAGAAAGAGGAUGCUCAUGAAAACCAUGAGGGUAGAAGUGAAGGACUGUUACCAGGUGACGAAUUAGUGAGUCCAUCGAUGAGCUCUUCACAAGAGGAUAAGAUGGUUGCGAUUGCUGGUAUUACCUACCGUGAGAAUAUUAGCAGUCCAUUAGGCAAGAAGUCCAGAUGA